GAACACGCGCCCGUUCCCUAAAAAACUCCCUUCAGAAGAAACGAGAAAACCAGACGACGAGACGACAAGUCCAUGACCAACCCCAAUCCUACAACCGCGCAUGUUUUUGACCUUUCCACCAUUGUCCCCUGCUUAGCUGACAUUCCUUCCUCAAAUGCUCUCUGUUGCUUCUUCUUCUUCUAGGGUUUUUUUCUGGUUCUCUGUUUUAAUCUCCUAGGGUUUCUCUGUUUCUGCGUCUUCUCACUUUCGGUUCUCGACCAUGGCCGGAAUUCGAUGGCCACCAGAAGAUUCGGAGCUUUCUCAGACGAGAGCUCCAAGCACCUCCGACCUCAUUUCCGACGACGAUCGCUCUAUCGCUGCGGAUUCUUGGUCUAUAAAGAGCGAGUACGGAAGCACUCUGGACGACGAGCAGCGACACGCCGACGCCUCUGAUGCGCUCUCCACCGGCACCUUCCGAGCUGCAUCUGAUUACAGUUCUGACAAGGAAGACCCAGAUGCUGAAGUAGAGCCUUCGAUGUUGGGUUUGCAGAGCUAUUGGGAUGCCACAUAUGCAGAUGAAUUGGCAAAUUUUCAUGAGCAUGGCCAUUCCGGUGAAAUUUGGUUUGGAACUGAAGUCAUGGAUAUUGUUGCAUCUUGGACCAAAAAGCUGUGUAUUGACAUUUCUGAAGGUCGGUUGCGGGGUCCUGAUGAUGGUGCCAAGCAUGAGUCAGUUGAACAGGUUGGCAAAUAUUUGUCUAGCUGGAGUGUACUUGAUAUUGGAACUGGCAAUGGUCUGCUUCUUCAAGAGCUUGCAAAGCAAGGGUUCUCCAACCUGACCGGAACUGACUAUAGUGAAGGGGCAAUUGAUCUUGCUCGAAGACUUGCUGAUCGUGAUGGAUUCAGUAAUAUCAACUUUCUGGUUGAUGAUGUUCUUGAGACAAAAUUGGAGAGGCAGUUCCAACUUGUUAUGGAUAAAGGUGCUUUAGAUGCCAUUGGAUUGCACCCUGAUGGCCCUUUGAAAAGGAUCAUGUAUUGGGAUUCAGUCUCACGGUUGGUUGCUCCUGGUGGAAUAUUGGUGAUCACAUCAUGUAACAGUACAAAAGAUGAAUUGGUGCAAGAGGUGGACAACUUCAACCAAAGACGGAUUGGUGUUUCCCAGGACCCUGAAACCCCAAAGGACCAAAAAGAAGCAAGCAGAGAGCCCCCUGCAUUCCGCUACCUCAGUCAUGUUCAGUCAUACCCCACAUUCAUGUUUGGAGGAUCGGAAGGAUCACGUGUUUCCACUGUUGCAUUUCUCCGUAGCUGAACUAGUUUUGAAGGUUCAGGUUGGUAUUAAUUAAAUGUUUUAUUUGUCAUGUGAUUGUGGGAUUUAGGUGUUCAUGGGGGCAGUUUUGUUGUUUCAAGCAUUACAUGUUAACUAAUCAUACUUUGGUUGAUGACCCAACUUGUUCCAGUAAGAGGAAAAUGCCAAAAUUGCUGACCUUUGGGAAAAGUUUGUUUUUCUUA